AGCCGCAGCCACUAACGGUGCCGUUGUGGCUCUAGGGUUCGUGCCCGGCGUUUGCUCUCGAAGCCGGCCGGGAGAGGCUUUGCGUGGCUUGACACGGAGGGCCACGACGAGGGCCCCGAAGGGAUGAGCUCCCGGAAAGUGUUGGUCCUGCAGGCCCGAAGGCGCCGCGUCAAGAACCCGCCGGCGGUCGGCAGGAAAGGGAAGCACCACAAAAAGCCAGAGCCUCAGCAAAAAGUUCCUUCUGCACCUCCACCUCCACCACCACCGCCACCUCCACCUUUGCCAGAGCCAGCACCGCCGGAACCUGAAGAAGAAAUUUUGGGAUCUGAUGAUGAAGAGCAAGAAGAUCCUGCAGAUUACUGCACAGGUGGCUAUCAUCCAGUAAAAAUUGGAGAUCUUUUCAAUGGCCGCUAUCAUAUUAUCAGAAAAUUAGGAUGGGGACACUUCUCUACAGUCUGGCUAUGCUGGGAUAUGCAGGGAAAAAGAUUUGUUGCAAUGAAAGUUGUAAAAAGUGCUCAGCAUUAUACAGAGACAGCCUUGGAUGAAAUAAAGUUGCUUAAAUGUGUUCGUGAAAGUGACCCUAAUGAUCCAAAUAAAGACAUGGUUGUUCAGUUAAUUGAUGACUUCAAGAUUUCUGGCAUGAAUGGCAUACAUGUUUGUAUGGUUUUUGAAGUGCUUGGACAUCAUCUUUUAAAAUGGAUAAUCAAAUCCAACUACCAGGGCCUUCCUAUCCACUGUGUAAAAAGUAUAAUCAAACAGGUAUUGCAAGGUUUAGAUUAUCUCCACAGCAAGUGCAAGAUCAUCCAUACAGACAUCAAACCAGAAAACAUUUUGAUGUGUGUAGAUGACACCUAUGUGCGCCGAAUGGCUGCAGAAGCUACAGAGUGGCAGAAGGCUGGUGCUCCUCCUCCUUCUGGCUCAGCAGUGAGUACUGCCCCGCAACAAAAACCUAUUGGAAAGAUAUCUAAAAACAAAAAGAAGAAACUGAAAAAAAGGCAAAAGAGGCAGGCUGAGCUUCUAGAAAAGCGUUUGCAGGAAAUAGAGGAAUUGGAGCGAGAAGCGGAAAGAAAAAAAACAGAAGAAAAUGUAACUUCUACUGUUCCAUCAAAUGAUCAAGAAGAUGAAUACCAUCCAGAAGUCAAACUAAAAACAGUUGAAUUAGAGGAAGUGGCAGAUGAAGAACCUGGGAAUGAGGAUGGUGACACGGAAGAUCAGGAUGAAAAGGAAGACACAGAAAAAGAAAAUGCAGAAAAAGAUGAUGAUGUUGAACAGGAACUUCUAAACUUGGAACCUACGGAUACAACUUGGGUAGAGUCCCCCAAAACAAAUGGCCACAUUAUAAAUGGUCCUUUCUUACUACAAGAACAACUUGAAGAUGAAGAAGAGGAAGAGGAAGAAUGCCCAAAUUCUGAGCAAUAUAAUGUUGAUGAGCCAAAUGCAAAAAGUGAUUAUAGUUACAGUAGCUCCUAUGAACAAUUUAAUGGUGACUUGCCAAAUGGAUGUCAUAAAAUUCCGGAGUCCCAGUUUUCUGAAUUCUCAGCUUCAGUGUUCUCUGGAGCUUUAAAUUCUGUAGCUUGUGGUUCAACUGUUUCAGAAGAGUCAGCUGGAACUGGAAGAGAGGAAAGUACUCCAUCCCAUGAUAGGAGCAGGACAGUUUCGGCAUCUAGUACUGGAGAUUUGCCAAAAAUAGCAAAGACCCGGGCUGCCGACUUACUGGUGAAUCCGCUGGAUCCAAGGAAUGCAGAUAAAAUUAUAGUUAAAAUUGCUGACCUCGGGAAUGCUUGUUGGGUGCAUAAACACUUCACAGAAGACAUCCAGACACGGCAGUAUAGAUCCAUAGAAGUUUUAAUAGGAGCUGGUUACAGUACACCUGCCGAUAUCUGGAGCACAGCCUGCAUGGCAUUUGAACUCGCAACUGGUGACUAUCUCUUUGAACCACAUUCUGGAGAAGACUAUUCCAGGGAUGAGGACCACAUAGCACACAUCAUAGAGCUGCUAGGCAAUAUCCCAAGGCACUUUGCUCUCUCUGGAAAAUAUUCUCGGGAAUUCUUCAAUCGCAGAGAUCACAUAGCACUGAUAAUUGAACUGCUGGGAAAAAUCCCUCAAAAAUACGCUAUGUUGGGGAAAUAUUCCAAGGAGUUUUUCACCAGAAAAGGAGAACUUCGACACAUUACAAAGCUGAAACCUUGGAGCCUCUUUGAUGUCCUUGUGGAAAAGUAUGGUUGGCCUCAAGAAGAUGCAGCAGAGUUUACAGAUUUCUUGAUCCCUAUGCUAGAAAUGGUUCCAGAGAAGCGGGCCUCAGCGAGUGAAUGCCUCAGGCACCCUUGGUUGAAUUCUUAGCAGAAUCUCCAGCUCUCACCCUGGGCCAGCACCCAUGUCCCCACACAUCCGACCCUAAAUGGUGACUGUCAUAAGUUCUCUUUAACAGGAUCAUAAAUGAGCUGGCUUCAACCUCAGACCUUUAUUUUGCUUUGAGGUACUGUUUGACAUUUAGCUUUUUGUGCACUGUGUUUUUGGGAGGGGUGGUCUUUUUGUCUUCAGCUGGUAGUUUUACUGACUCUACAGAAAACACUAAUGUGUCUUUAAGCAUUGUUUCUUGUGUUGUGCGGCAUUCAGACACCCACUUUUUGAACAAGAACAUCCUUUAUUCUCCUCUCAUGUAUUUUUGGCAGGUUUUGUAACUAUUUAUGGAAAAUAUUUUAGUUGAGUAUUAUAUAAUUUACAAGUGUGAGGCAUCACCAAGUCAGAAUUGGGGGAAAAUAUACAAUUCUAUCUUCUGGCAAAGGGACAAUUUUCUUGUAAAAUACUGUAUGUAACUGCACCUGUAAAUGUUUAUUUCCAUUAAAAAUGGGAUGGGGACCCUGACACAUACAUUUUAGAGUCAUGCUGCAAACUCCAGAGACCUACAGCAUCCAAACUAUGCAGCAGAUUUGAAGCUGCAGCCAGGAACUGUGUCAAGAUCUCCUUUUCGUAGCUGUGCCCAGGCUGAAUUUGAAAGAAAGUUGCUCCUAUGUAUGACAUUUCGUUCUCCCCAAAAGACAUUGUAAAGGAAAGGCUAAGACUUCUAUCUAAAGAGAACUCAAUAGUUUUAUCUUUCCAGCAGUGCUGGAAAAUGUCUGCCUGUUUCAAGUGCUUUUAAGGAUAGAUUGGCUUACUUGCUCUGCAGUGAAUUGGGGCAGGAGGGCUUCGUAAUGCUGUCUGAUAAGGAGGGUUAAUGCAUGAGGCUUCAUAAUUGGAAGAGAUUUGGUGAAGGAUUCCUUGGGCAGACUCUUUAACCUUUAAAGAAAGAAAAAAAAGAUGCUCCCUCUUCAGGAAGGAAAAGAAAGAACAGUGGAUUCAAAUUUAUAGUACAAAAAAGGAUCAUGCUCCUUCCAUAUAUAGCUUUACAUGUUUCUAAAACCGAUUGCACUAGCUUAUUUUUCCCAUGAAUUGACAUAUUAAGGAAUUACUCUUCCUUUGUAAGUUGCACACAAAAUUUUAUGUGUUUUCCUAGAAAAACCUAAGUAGAUUUCAAAAGAGAACUCAUAGGCAAUACAGAUUUUAGAAUGUAAAAUUCAGAGGCAUAUUUUAGCCUCUUUUAGAAGUCAGUGGGAUGAAUGUAUUUUUUUCCGUUUUUACAUAUUAUGGUGCCACUUUUUCUUGACUUGGUCCAUUUUAAAUUUAUUCACAUGCUUUUGCAAUAACUAGAUUGUGAGAUGGUUCCCCGUGUUGUAACAAUAACCUAUUGUUUGAGGUGCUUGCAGUUGUCUAAUUAAAGUGGUUGUUUUUUUUUCAGAA